UGUGAUUUCUCCCUAAAAUCUGCCAGAAAUUAACUUACAGAGUGUUGCUGUAGCUGCUUAUUUUUCAUCCCAUUUUGACUAAUUAUUUGACAAAAGUUAGCUAAGAUUGUGCCUAUCUCCUUGUUAAAGUAUUUGAUGGAGGUAAAAUUAUCUUUGCCUAAUUUUUCUUUACAGGAUAUAGACAAGGAUUUGUGUCUUUAAAAUUAGGAAUUGGGCAUGAUAACAAUGUAAAAUGAAGGUAUUAAAAAUGCUGUCAAGUUGGGUAGUAGUGGUAUAACUUAAAAUAUGUUUUCUAUUGUGGCAUGUCUAGGUGGGGAACAGCCUCAUUUAGUUUUGUUCUGCAGCCAGACCCUCUGACCUUGGCAGGAGGAAGGGGUCAGUUUUAACAGUGCUGUGAGAAGCCUCUUGGACUGAAUUGCCAGAAAACUUCAAGUUAACUUUUCUUUCUUUUUCAUGGGUUUGAACUCAAGUCAGGGAGUGAAAAUGAAAUUGAGAUUGCAAAAGUGUUUGCAGCCUGAUGUGGGUGGGAAGCUGUUCUCUGUCACAUGGGUUGCAGCAUGUCUGCCAUGCUGAUCUAGGUUCAAGAAGAGGAAAAGAUGAGCUUAAAACCUGCUUAAUUCCUUUCCUUCCACUUCGGGUAGAUUUGUCCCUAUACAAAGGGUAAACAUCUUUAAGGGUGCUCUCCACCUUUGUUGGUAUUUGUGGAUGACUGUCUAGUGAUGCUUUUAGGGUCAGGCAGUAGAUUGGAGGUUUUGUCACUUACUGAUAGGGUAUGGGUUUUGAAAACAUGAAGUCAACAUACAAGUAAAAGGUUUUAAAAACAUAAAGUCAACAUACAAGUAAAAGGUUUUAAAAAUGUAAAGUCAACAUACAGGUGCUGACUGCGUGGACUGGAGGGACAUUGCAAUGAGCUCACUGAAGAUGUAGUGAACCGGAUGAAAGCAUCAUCUCAAAGUAGAAGGGACAACCAGAGAUCUCCCCGUGCAUCCAAUGGCACAGCUCCAUCCUCACUGGCUGCAGAAGGGAAACCCAGACCUACAGGAGUUCAGCCGCCAAAGGCAAGUGACUCUGCUGCAGAGCAGGAUCUCUACAGGAGGUAUGUGGAAGAACAGACACUGGUCCAAGAGGAGUUGCUCUGGCUGGCCAAGAGAGAAAGGGAAGCAGCCAAUGAGGCCAAGGAAAGGAACAGCAUUAUUGAGGAGAGGCAGAGAGCAGCCCAGCUGCCUGUGGAUUUGGAUGCCUGGGCUGUGGAGCUGCAGGGCUGGGAGGCAGACCUGAAGCGACAAGAGGCCUUCUAUAAAGAGCAGUUGGCCCGCAUUGAGAAGAAGAAUGCAGAGAUCUACAAGAUGACAUCCGAGCAGUAUCAGGAGGCAGCCACCAAGGCAGAGGAACGGAUAAAGAGGAGGAAUGCUGAUCCUAUCUGUGCAAACCUGCAGUCUGAAAUUCUGAAGUGCUACCGAGAAAACAAACGUGAAGUGCUCAAAUGCUCGGAGCUGGCGAAGGAAUAUCAGCGCUGUGUUAGUGCAGCUCAGAAGGAGCUGUUAGUUAAUUCUGGGUAAACAUCAUCCGCCAAAGAGCAGAGGACAGGGACCACAGAUGCCCUUGGAAGCCCCAGCAUCCUUCUGGACAGACACUGACCAAAACCGGUGCCUUCUGCCCUCAAUGACCAAGACAAUACAAUAUGAUUCCUCUUCUAACUGCCUGCAUGUAUCAGUCUCGGUGGACAUUCCUGGGGUUGGGAGAAGGGUCCCAGGAGCGGGGGAUGCUAUAGUUUCUUUUUAUUGUUUUGCAAUGUAAAGGAUUGUGUUGACCCCAGGUGCUUCCAGCAUAGCUCAUAGCUUAGGGUCUUGCUCCAACACAAGUCUGGUUCACCCAGUUCUAACUUUGGUUUCACCAACCUACACCUGAGUUUCAAGAGCUGUUGCCUCUGUUUGUUUGCUCUGGAGAAAGGGGUCCAAAGUAUUUGGAAGUAACCCUGAGUAGCUUGUUAGGAUUAACUGUUCCUAGCAUGCUCCCAUUGGUUACACCAGCAGGCACAUUCCUUCCCUUCCAAGGUUCCUUCCUAAACAAUAAAGUGUUUAACAGUC